GUAACUUAACCUAAAAAUAAAAUAAAUAAAAUUUUAAAACAUCAAACUUAUUUAAUUUUAAAGCUUUUUAUAAUAAAUGGAAGGAUUUAAACUAAUUAAACAAGGAGCUGAGUCCAAAUUGUAUAAAGGAACUUAUCUCGGUAAACCAACCUUAAUCAAAGAAAGAUUUGAAAAGAAGUAUCGUCACCCCGAUUUAGAUAAUCUCUUGACGAAGGAACGAAUUAAAGCGGAAUGUAGAAUCGCUUUAAGAUGCAAAAACAUCGGUGUUCGUACUCCUAUGAUUUACCUUGCUGAUAUGACACGAAGAAUGAUUUUUAUGGAAUUUAUCGAACAUAGUUUAACAGCCAAAGAAUUUAUUUCUAUAGCUGAUAAUGCAUCAAUAGAUGAAUUAUCUAAAGAUAUAGGGAAAGUAUUAGCUAAAUUACAUUCGGGAAAUGUUAUACAUGGAGAUUUAACAACAUCAAAUAUUUUAUUAAGAAAUAAAAAUAGUAUUGAUAAUUUUGAAAAGUAUGAUGAUUUAGAAUUGGUUAUGAUUGAUUUUGGGUUAUCACGCACAGAUUCUUCAACUGAAGAUAAAGGAGUCGAUCUUUAUGUAUUGGAAAGAGCGUUGUUGAGCACUCAUAGUGUUCAUGAACGUAUGUUUAAUGUUAUUUUAAAAGAGUAUGAAGGAAAUUAUGAGAAUGGGUAUCAUGAAAUUUAUUCUAAGUAUAAAGAAGUUAAAUCUAGAGGAAGAAAAAGGACUAUGGUGGGAUAAAUUGUUUUUGCUAUGUUAUUUUUGAUUUAAUAAAUAUGAGGUUAAGAAAAAGUUUAAA